UCUGACCUUGCCCGCCACAGGAUUAAAUGCCUAAAAAUAAACAUUGAACUCCCCAGAACAAAUUUCCACUACACUGACAUAACGAAAUCAGAUCUCAACGACUCCUCUCUCUCUCACUACACAAUACUCCUGCAGCUAACACAUCUGUGAUUGCAGUGAUUUUUCAGUAUGGCACAGCGUCCCCAAAUUGCAGUUUUAGGUGCGGGUAUAUUUGUUCGAACUCAAUAUCUUCCUAGACUUUAUGAGAUCUCUGAUAUUAUGAUUCUCAAGACAAUUUGGAGUCGAACUGAGGAAUCUGCAAAAGCUGCUGUUGACCUUGCUCGCCAGAGUUUCCCAGAAAUAGAAUGUAAAUGGGGGGAUGCUGGUCUUGAGGACAUUAUUAAAGAUACUUCAAUUUCUGGUGUUGCAGUUGUUCUUGCUGGACAAAUUCAGGUUGACAUGUCAUUGAGGAUGCUAAAGGCAGGGAAGCAUGUUUUCCAAGAGAAACCAGCUGCAUCCUCUGUUAGUGAGGCUGAGACUGCAAUCUCACACUACAAAUCUUUGGGUGCCAAUUCUCUUUCUCAUCGACCCAUAUGGGCUGUUGGGGAAAAUUAUCGGUUUGAGCCUGCUUUUGUGGAGUGCAAGAACCUUCUGAAAGAAAUUGGUGACAUGAUGAGCGUUCAAAUAAUGGUUGAGGGAUCGAUGAACAGUUCAAAUCCUUACUUCUCAAGUUCUUGGAGGCGCAAUUUUACAGGUGGUUUCAUUUUGGAUAUGGGAGUACACUACAUUGCAGGAUUAAGAAUGGUGGUUGGGUGUGAGGUAACCUCUGUGUCUGCUAUAACGUCUCAUGUGGAUACAACUUUGCCUCCACCGGACAAUAUAUCCUCUAUUUUUGAAUUGGAAAACGGUUGCGCUGGGGUGUUUGUAAUGGUCGUAUCGUCAAGAUCUCCCAAGAUAUUCUGGAAAGUUGUCGGCACAAAAGGAUCUCUGCAGGUUGAGCGUGGCAAUAAAGAUGGCAGACACGGUUACACGGUCUUGCAUUACACAGUUGAUGGACAAUGCAAAAGCUCCUUUCACCCAUUUAGCGGGGUUAAUGAAGAAUUAAAAGCUUUUGUGUACGAUAUUUCUCAGUCAACCCUCAAGGACGUGGGUGACCAUGAAGCUGAGCCUCGCAGUUCUUAUGUUGAAGGUGCAAGAGAUAUUGCAGUUCUUGAAGCAAUGCUUGAAUCCGGUAUGAAGAAGGGAGCAAAAGUUAAUGUGAGAAAGUUUUGAGUUAAUAAAGUCUGGUCAAAUUGCUGUUGGGCUAAGGAGCUGGAUAAUCUGUCGAGAAAUUUGUAGGAAAUAUAUAGAACAAAGAGUUGCUAUGGAGCUGCUAAAAACAGUUUAAUUGUUUAGCGAUGGUAGGUUUUCUUACAUUUAUUCCAUCAACCAAGAGUUGUGACGUGAAUAAUUAAGUGAUUGAAGGUAAAAUAUAUGAUCUUUUCCAUCAAAAAAAAAGGUAAAAUAUGGCUA